GGGGGAUGAAGGAAAUGGCGGAUAUAUACCAGACCAGACAGAGGCGGGGUAAGCCCAAUCCCUCAAAUGCAAUUUGUGGUUCUUCUGGUCUGGUCUGGUCGGGCCGCUUAGUGUGGGCGUGAGCAUGGGCGUGGGCGUGUUUGUUUGUGCCCUAUGACACUCGAGAGAAGCGAGAACCGGGGGGAAUGAUAAAGACAAAUAACACAAGCAUCCGCUGCCAUUGGUCACUGCUCUUUACGUACACCACUACGAGUCGUGGAAGAAAAAAACCACUCAUCUGAAACGACAAACGAUGUCAUUUUGCCUGAUCAUGUACGUAGUCUCUUUUUUUACUCCACUGCACCCUUCAGCCCUUUCUCCAACCAUUAAUGCCGUUAAUGUGUCCAAUUGGACCCAAAAAGAGCACUUGACGUCGAACCAGUCGGUCUAUUUCACCCCAAGAAUGUUCCAACAGUCUAAUGGUGUCUAAUGGUGUCUAAUGGUGUCUAAUGGUGUCUAAUGGU